CGCCGACGAGCGCCCGUAUUUUCGCGCGCCUGUAACAACUACGAUUUUAAAUUUCGAACGCGACUAAAAACCUUUUUUCUUUAAGACUCUUUCGUAUGUUCUUGGCAGUCCUACAUUUUCUGUGGAUUUGUGAGUUUUUUGGCGGGUUAAUAAAUGAAUGAUCGCUGUGCGAUUGUGUAUUUAACUGUAUCGUUUUGAGAAGUGCCGUAAGUUUUCUGAAGUGUAUGCUUGCAGAGAUUUUCGUGAGAGCGUCCUGAAAUUUAUUAAUUGGGCAGAAGCGGUAUGGCAUGAGCGGGCGGGUGGGCGCGACAUGCGGCGAGCGCCGCUCGCGCAGCCCGCCGCCGUCGCUCUUGCGCUCUUCAUUCUUCUUCACUUCGUUAACGCUGGAUCAAUGGGUCCUGGUGUACCCGAGAACAUAACUGUCACCUUCUUGAAUCCGACCACGGUGAGGGUUUCGUGGUCGACAGCUGCGGAUCUCGUUGAGAAGUAUGACGUAACUUACAAACCGUCUGACGCAAGUUACAGAGUGGUAUUGGAAGUGGCAGGUAACUCCGAUGCCGUUAUUCUGAGCGGACUGGAAGCUGAUACUCAGUACCAAGUGACCGUCGCCGCUCUGUGGGGCGGACACAAAUACCGCAGCAGGCCUAUUGUCUUCCGCACACUGGAGCCGCCUCGGACUUCGCCGCAAGAGGGGGGGCCGGCGACCCCACGCUCCGCCGUCUCCCCGCCAGACCCCUCGCCCACAUUCCCCACGAUCCGUGGUGUGGAGAUCGGCAUUGUAGUGUUAGUGCUGAUCGUAUGGAUCGGGGCGAUAGCUCUAUUCUUCAACAGAUGGGGAAAGAUUCGAAUGUUAUUACCAUAUCAACCGGACUACAAACAGGAACAAUUAAAGGUGCCAGGAAGUAGUGCAUUGGCCGCAGCGGCUGCUGGCGGCACUUGUGGAGGACAUUCCGCACCAUCUGCUUGCUCGCAUAUGCGCUGGUCGCACACCCACACGCAGAGCUUAGAGUGCGAGGAGCGGCUGUUGUCGCGCUGCAGCCGGCCGCGUGUCAACUCCGCCAUCUUUGUAUCCGCUGAGCCGGCUGGAUUCGCUGGCUUCGAUCCUGGCGAGUUCCUACGUAGACACGGCUCGCAGUCAAAAUUAUGUCGUAAAGCAAGAUCUGCUGAUAAUAUACCUCUAACAACAAUGAGUGACUCAUCAGAAAGGCUUUGCAAAGCGAAAGCGCCUCGAGAAGAGACCAUAAGCGAAGAAGGUAAAUCUGACGACAGCGGUAGUGUUGAGACCGUACGACACUUCGGUCUACCUAUACUCUCUGUAUCCGGUCCUUCGCCCCCAGACGAAGAUUACGAUCAAAUAGAUGAGUACCUGUAGCAUUUCCAUACCAGUUUCCAGUUAAAAUACGUCCUAGAGAAGAUGCGACCGCCUUGGCCAUCUCCCGCUCAAAGUCCCAAAUCAGACGAAGAGCGACUCUAAAUGAACGUUCUGGAAACUGCGGAUUUCUUCUAUCUUGUGUCUGACUGUUUUAUCAGUCAAAAACUACAACGAUUUUCGCCUGAACUUUUUACUAAGUGUGUCUUGCUAAGGGACCAUAGUGUUUAGUGUGUUUUUUUGUUUUCUUUAUUCGUUUAGACGAUUCGUAAUAUUAUAUUCCCUUAUUCUCUAUUGAGUGCUAAGCUAUUAAGUGUAAGUCAUUUAAAGUCUAUAUUACACCUUAUUAGUGUAAGAAGAGCACAAAAUUCAUUAAUAAAUUU